GGUGGUAGCUGGCUGCAAUUAAUAACCAUCAUUCCAGUCUUUACUUGAAAAGGCAGAGCAGACGAAGGCCUAAAGACAGUUGUAUGAUAGUUGCAUUUAUAGCAAGCAUCUAUCAUGGGGCGAGUUUUCCUUGAGCAUAUAGGAGGUACAAGAUUGUUCUCCUGUGCAAACUGUGAUACUGUACUGACCAACAGGGCAGAACUAAUGUCCACUCGCUUUACAGGGUCAACGGGUCGUGCAUACCUCUUCAAACGAGUGGUCAACCUCUCAUUUAGUGAGGUCCAAGAUAGGAUCAUGUUAACUGGACGUCACAUGGUACGAGAUGUCUUCUGCAAGAACUGUGACUCAAAACUUGGUUGGAUCUAUGAAUUUGCCACAGAGGAAUCUCAGAGGUACAAGGAAGGCAAAGUGAUUUUAGAACGAGCUCUCAUCACAGAAAGCGAAGGCAUGGAGGAACAUGUAAUAGUUGGUAACAUAUGAUGCUGCUGAACAUUCUUCAAACUCAUUUUAUCUUUGUAAAGUUUUAGAUAGAACAAUAAUUCUUGUUAUAUUUAUAUAUCUUGUAUAUAGCAAACUUAUAUUAUAUUUUGUAGUUAGCACCUUUGGGAAGUUUAAGUUGAACUUAUAAGAAUAUUUGCACAUGGCUUGUAGUUUUAAGCACUCACACGUAUUGCGAGGUUAGUAUUAGUAUACUAACCUCGCGAGGUUAGUAUUAGUAUACUAACCUCGAACCAUGAACCGCGUUUGGCAGUGGAUUUCUAACUAGUGGACUGCGCGUGCUGGGAUCUCACUUCUGGUGUCCACAACACACGACUUCUAUGGCUUGAUUUUUCUGUGCGCGGCAGCAUGUAAUGAACCCUUGGGUGGUUUUAAGGUGGUUUGAGAAGAUAUGGGAUGGAGCAAUCAAGAUGUCAAAACACAACUGUUCAAGAGGUUUUUUUUUAAGCUUGGUUUCAGUAUGGGGUUCUGGUAUGCAAUUCCAAGUGAUGUAGGUUUACAUCAGAAUAGGACUAUACGUAUGCAGUGUUUUAUGUCUUCUAGUUAUUGUCUGAAAGAGGCUGCUGCAGGGAUGAAGAACAUUCCGACUCAUUCAGACUAAUACGUGAGUGAAGAGGAAGUUCUUCCCAAGCUUAUUCAUUGUAUGAUCAAGCAUAUAUGCCAGUCUCCACCGCUCGGACGCAGACUCUGAGCGGUAGAGAGAAUAUGCAAAUUAUAUAUAUGGGGAUCAUACUGCACUUGUCGGGAUGUCAUCCCUGCACCGCUUUUCACACACAUCAAUGAAAACAGCUGUGCCACAUCAAUUUUCACUCAGGGUCAAUCUCUUUUCCAAAUAUUGGAUCAUAAACCCCUUUAUAAAGAGGGACUGCAUCGUCAAAAACUACAAGAAUUGGGGGGGGGGAUUCUCCUACAUGUAUGCAUGGGGGAUUUCCUUCCCUCCAGAAAAUAUUCUGAACACAGGGUUAAAACUGCUGAAAUAAAUGAAAGGUGCUGAAGGGAAAAAUUACCGCACAAAAGCUCCACUGAUCUGAUUUCUAAGCAGAAAUAUAGCAACACCAUUUUAUUGUGGUUUACCUCAAGUGUCAUGUGUGAACUGAUUAUCUGUAAUUGUUGUGAAGUAAAUGUAUUAAAAACAUGUAUAUUGUCCUCUCAGAUUUGUGGUACAUUAUCACCUUCAAUGUAUAACACCCAGAGAUUAUCUUCGUUGUGCGAAUUAAAAAUUCUCAGGAGUCCAUAGCGUCAACUUUUUGAUGAAUAAUCAAUCGUCAAUUUUACCUGGUUCUAAAGUCAGAGGUGAACAACAUGGUGUUGAAUUGUUUCAUGUUCAAAUUUUCUGGAAAUAUUUUUACUUGAAGGGGGUGCAGUUACCAAUUAGCCAUACAUGUAUGUCAUUUUAAAAUCUUGCAGUCAUCUGUGAGUUUGAUCUCGGUAGAGAUUUUUUUUUUCCAGAAAAUUGUAUUAUCGCCUGGAAUAGUGAAAAAUGCUGCAGAUUUCAUUUCUGAAUCAUUACACACAUGUACAUGUAUGACUAUUGGAGAAUAUGAAAAGGUAACAUGAUGUGCCCCCACAAAAGAUAAUGCCUUCCUCCCCUAGUAAAACAGAGAACUCUUUUCAAUCCUUGAAGUCAUGCAAUCCUUGAAGUCAUGCAAUGUUGCUAUAAGUCGAUAUGCCCGCUUCGAUGAAGUACAUGUAUGUGUACUUCCCCCUCCAUUUCUUUAUUCAGUAGCCAUAGCCAAAAGAGCAUAGCAUUAUCAAAGAAAACUUGUACUUGUCUUACCAGUAAUCACUGUUAGAGUACAAUUUAGUCUGCAUAAGUCAACUUUCCAUCAGUCAAUUAAUGUCCAAAGUCGAAGCAAUUAUUUUGACCAGAAUAAGAAUAUUAUGCAAAAUGUGGUAUUUUGUUUACAUAUAUCUCUCCUUGUAAGUCUUACAUGCGUUUCUGUGAUCCCAAGAAAUUUGCCUCACAUAUUGGAAUAUUUGCCUUUGCUGCAAAUGUACACUAUAUUUUCAACUGUGAUACAACUUGACAAGAUGGGCCCAAUUACACAAAGAUUAGCGAUUUAUUGCUAAUAUAAAAUAAUAAUUUUGAUUGGUUCCUAGUCUACUAUACACAUACAAAAAUGAUAGGCUGUUACAUGUAGCAAUAAAUCACUAACCUUUGUGUUAUUGGACCCAGAUAAGCUUUUCAAAUUCACAAACUCUCAUAUAUCACAAGCCACUUCUCUUGUGUAAAAUGCACUGUUAUGUAUUGAGAGAAAGUACAGGUGUGCUGGCAUACCUUGAUAUACAUGUACACCAUAGUAAUAUGUUUCCUUUGACUAUUUAUCACAGUUUCUUACUCAUUGUGGAAUUAGGUACACAUGUUAAUCCAUCGAAUGAUGAAGAUUCACACAGUAAAAAAACUACAUUUUGUGCAAUUCCCUUUUGAAGCUUACUAGUACAUUUAUGUGAAACUACUGUUCAUGUGUAAUUUGUUUUGAAUAAAUUCAAUUCAUUAAUUUUGUGUUGGAUACUGCAUUAUAUAUACAUUAUUAAAUCAAAAGUUUUCAAGCUUAAAUUAUAAUCUCUCUCCAUGUCAAUUCCACAUGAGCAAAAUCAUAUAAAAACAUCAAUUUCCAUUAUGAUUUUAAGUAUUGCUUUAAUGCUAUGUAAAUGCAUUUUCUGCAUCCCAUAGAAUCAUGAAUGUAUUGGAAUGAAAGUACAGGUGAUACAAAAGUCAUAUUUCAUAGUGUUAAAUAGUGAAAAGAAAGGCAAAGCACAAAAAAUUAGGUUUUUAUCAUCACAUCAGUUUGUUGCGUUGGGUCGGGUAAUGCCAUUCGCGUAUAAUACCCGACCAUCUGAGAAAAGGGCCCCCUAAAUUCCUAAACGUCAGGUCCAGUUUACCCGACCAUUCAAUAAUUUUGCUUUAAUUUUAAAAAUAUUGGGUAAACUGGACCCAACAUUGUGGGAAUUUAGGGUGUCCAUUUCUCAAAUGGUUAGGUAAAUUGGACCUGACAUUUCGGGAAUUGAAGGCAUCCUUUUCUCGAAUGAUUGCCCGACCCGAUGAGACAGCCCGAUGUGAUGACACAAGCUAAAAAUGACACAAAUUUGAAAAUGUUGAUAACAGAAUUUUUGUUGGAACAUAUUGAUGAUAUGUUCAGGGUAUCAAUCAACCAUCUUUAUAAUUAUGCUGCAAUUAUACACACGAAGAGGCUAGUAAUAAUGAAGGAUAUUUUUAACAUGUUAUACCUUUUGUGCAUUUUUUAUAUGGAGGUCUUUUGGUAUAGAAGAUGGGAGAUUGACACUUCAUAAAGACUUACAACUAUAGUAAAUUUGCCAUUUAUUGUAACUUCCAUGGAAACCUUGAUUGUUAUUGGUCGCCGAGCCCUGUUGCCAUGGUAGUUGUCAUAACGGCAAAGCUAUAAUAGUUGUAACUCUUUAUGAAAUGGACCCUAUAAUGUUAAUGUUUUAAAACUAACAGUAUCGCAUGCUAAUGAUUGCACUGGAAUACUAUUUUUAAAAAAUGUAUUAUUUGAAAAGCUAAUCAUCACCCUGAUUUCCUCUUUUAUUGCUUGAAAAUGCUAAACAGUAAACACAUUAAAUAAUGAUAAUAUAGGGUAUUCAUAUUGCGCACAUAUCCACCUUGUUAGGUGCUCAAGGCGCUCCUAUAUUACCCGGCUAAGCUAGGCGUUCAUAGCGCACACAGCUUUUCAAGGAAUUACUACCUACCGGUACCCAUUUACCUCACUUGGGUUGAGUGCAGUACAUUGUGAUCAGUUUCUUGCCGAAGGAAAUUACGCCAUAGCUGGGAUUCGAACCCACGACCCUCUGUUUCAAAGUCUGAAGACCAAUCCACUGGGCCACAACGCUCCACAUGAGAUACAAGAUAAGAAAUUCAGUAAUUGUUCCUGUUUUAUACUUUGUAUUUCACAAUAUAAUGAAUUGCAGGUAUUGUACCAACAUUAGAAUGAAAUGGAGCUCUGCCUUUCCUAGGCUGAAAAUCAAACUAAAACAACCUGAAAUACAUGUAUGUUAAUUUCCAUAAAAUAAUGUAGAUUUUAUUUUACGUUUCUUCAACUAUUUACUUUUCUGCAAUGCAUGUUCAACAUAUGCUUUGUGUAAUUUCACAAAUGAAUGAAAACCAAUUGUGAGAUGUUUGUAAGGUAUGUUGUUGCAACAUGAUGUCCAUCCCAUUUUCUUUUUAAGUGCCAUCUUGAGAAGAAUGUACUUUUCUUUUCCAUGUUUAAAUCACUUAGUAUGGAAUCCUACGGAAUAAAGAUGGAAUUUACUUUCUCGUUAUUUUCAUCGAUUUAUUUGAAAAAUCCACUUUAGAAAAAAUAUUGAAUGAAUAACUAUAAGAAUUAAUGAGGUCUGAUUUAAGCAAGGACUCGCUACUUUUCUGUCUGCUUUCUCUAAAUUCUACCUUUUCUUUUUAACAGUGUAAAAUUAACUUGAUGUGUCACUUUAAUUGCAAUCAAGUAAAGUGGUAUAAUGUGAAUUGAUAUGAAUGCUAGUCAUUUGAUUAAUUUCAAGUACAGGAAAUAAAUGAAGCAUAUAAUGUAGAUUUUCAUUAGACAUAAAAUACAUUUUAUACACAUUUUAAUGAGUUUUAUACUGGGUUUGACAUGCUAUGUGCUUGUGUAUUGUGUUGUAACAACUACAUUAUGUAAAUGGUUUGUCAUUGGGAAGUUCAUAGAAGUGGUUCAUGUAGAUGAUGUAAUAUGCAAGAUCAACAAUUUUUUUAAUACUGUAUCUUUAUGUUGUUUUGGUUUUUAAUUUUGUGUGCCUCUUGAGCGAUAUGUACGCAAGCCUUUUAUGAAUUCUUCAAUUGUUUAAUUCCACAUUUGCUUUAGGCUUAAGGGGCUCUUUCAUAGAGAUAUUUUAACAUGAUUUAAAAGUUACACAUAAUUUUUAGAACUGAAAUCAAAGUGCCCAAAGUAUGACAUGCAAUUCCAUGUAAUUUUUGAAAUAGUUAUACUUUCUGCUAUAAAAAAGAGGCUUAAUUUUUAACCUCUUAUUUCGUCUACACCUAGUGUGUCUGAAAAUAUGAAAUCAUCCAUGCUUUAUAUAUUCCAGGCAUUUGUAUGAUCUUCAGUAACAUUUUUUGAACAUAUUUUUGAAACAACCCCAAAUCAGGGAAUGUUUUAGAAAAUCCUUAAAAUCCCACAAGAAAAUAUUAAUGAAUGAUUUAAAGUUUCCAUCUUUAAUACAUCAAGGAAUUAGCUUUGUGUUUGAUAAUGUUUUUAUAAAUUUCUGACCCUUUUACCAGAAUUUGCUAGUAAGUUUUGACAGGCUGGCUCCUUGUACAAUAUGUACCCAUUAUAUUAAAUGAACUUAAUUUGAAGGUUGACUCAUCUUAGUUGACUCUAUUCUGAUUUUUAUCAAAUGCACUAAAAAUUGCUUGCCUUUAUGUGUGUGAUAUUCCAUAUGUGGUCCAGAAAUUCAAAUUCAAAUUGUUGAUUGCAAUAGGGACACAUGUAUGCUAGAUAUACAUGGUGUUUAAUGACAGUAGGUUGUGCAUAUUAGUCAUUAUUUACAUAUUUUCCCCAAACCCGACACUGCAAACAAAAUAUACAAUUGACCCUAUCAAGUUUAUAGAUGUUCUUUCUGAAGACCAGUAAUUUAAUCCCUUAAUCUGUUUAAUAGCAAAUGAAUUGAAAUAUCAGAAAUCAUUUGGCAUACUUUGUUAUGUACAGUUGUAUGCAUGAAAUCUAGUUGUUGGGGGAAACAAGAUAUAUUGCCAUUUAUGUAGAAAAUAUCCUUUCUCAGGUUUUAUAUGGCAGUCCUCGGCUUGUGCUACUAAAUCCUUUGUAUUUCAAAAUAUAAUUAAUAGACCUGCCUAUACGAUGUAUGUAUUUUAAUGUGGAAAUAAAAUGAAUUGAUAUUCAUAUCUGAACUAAAGAA